AUGGGCCGGGUACAAACACAUACUGGUCUCAUGUUGUAAACAGCUAUGUGUAGUUUUCAUAGUUGACUGAGUUUUUGGUGUGAUGAUACAGAUAAGGUUGGGAAUAAAAUGUUUCUGAACUUUUUACCCAGCUCACAUCUUAAACUUUGUCUCUCUGUCCCUGCAGAUUAUUCUCUACGAGGACAGGAACUUCCAGGGUCGCUCUUAUGAGUGCAGCAGCGACUGCUCUGACAUUCACAUGCACCUGAACCGCUGCAACUCCUGCAGGGUGGACAAUGGCUGCUUUGUAGUGUACGACCGGCCAAACUUCAUGGGAAACCAGGUGUUCCUAAGGAGGGGCGAGUACUCUGACCUGCAGCGUAUGGGAAGCAUGAUGGGCAUGAUGGGUAUAUCCCUGAUGGACAACAUUCGCUCUUGCCGCAUGAUCCCCACAGUAAGAGUACCACCUGAAACACCAGGGGUAUCAGGAACAUAGUUCAGAUCUCAGAAGAGUGAGCUCUGAUAGUCUGAUAUGGUUUUUGUGUUUUUUUUUUAACAGCACAGGGGUCAGUUCAGGAUGAGGAUCUACGAGAGGGAGAACUUUGGAGGAAAGAUGCAGGAGCUGAUGGACGACUGUGAGUCUCUGCAGGAUCGAUUCCUCAUGUCAGACUGUCAGUCCUGUAAUGUGAUGGACGGACACUGGCUGAUGUUCGAGCAGCCUGGAUUCAGGGGCCGGAUGAUGUAUGUGAGACCUGGAGAGUACAGGAACCUGCGAGACAUGAAUCUGAGUACCAUGUCAACAAUCAGCUCCAUCAGACGCAUCAUGGAUAUAUGCUGA